AUGGGGAUGGAUUUGGAUCGUCAUGUUCACACCACCAACGAGACCUCGAGGGCGCCGCGUCAUCAACUCGGUACUCGAUACUCUUUAUCUCACUCGAAUUCUAAUCGCUCCCGUUCGAUCGCGCUCUCUCCCUCGGGCUCGUCGGCCUCUCCUCCCUCGCUUGUUCCCUCUCCCUCCCUCCGGCCCUCGUCUCUCGCUGCACCCGUGCACUCACCCGCUUGCUCUCUACCCGCCUCUACCACCUACCACCGUUACAUUACCCUUCCCGCCUCCCCGGAUCGUCUCCUCUCCACCCUACAGUCCUUCGAGGGCCUCACCGCCCUCCCCAACCUCGCCGCCGCCAUUGCUUCCUUCCCUGUCCACCUCCGACUCCGACAAACCCCACCCUCAUUCCCACCCUUCCGAUCCAAAGUCCGACCCUGUCCCUGGCAACGACCUCCUCCGUUCCCCCAACCUCCCCUUGCUAAAGGUCAGGCUGCAUCAGUGGAGGCUGCGAUCGCGUUGCUCAAAGUAAGAUGGAAGAUACUUCGGAACCUCAACGUAGGGCUUGACCAUGCUGCCCAGACGGUGGUCGCAUGCGUGGUGCUGCACAAUAUGUGUCAGUUUACCAAGGGGCCAGAAGACGAAGGAGGGUACAUGUGGAGGGAUUCGCUGGAGAGCCCUCAGCUAGCCAGCCUGGUGGAUAGCGAGCGAUCUCUUAACUACUUGGGUGAGAGCUUGAGGGAGGCAUUGGCGGAAGAUCUCUAUGAGGAAGCUUGUCUCAGGAGCAAGGUAAAUAAUUGUGCAGGCAUCCUCUUGACAAGCCUCUCAGAGAGGGAACAAAGUACUGCUAGUGGUUGUACAAAGCCAACAGGGACAUCAUUUAUUGGCCCCAUUGCUAGCUGCAAUCUAAUUGGUGAUUCUGUUGCCACGCCAUGAAGGGGACCUGCAGGACCACUCAGUGAGGGGACCGGGCUACUCAUCUUGUGUGAUCGAUAUUUCACGGUAUCUCCUGCACUUGUGAAUGAAGCUUCUGGCACGUUGCCAUGAGACAACUGUUCUCCACUAUAAUUCUGACUCCUUUACUUUCACCAACUGAGUUCACAAUGGGCAUCUCUUACACUUGCGAAAGCGGCAGCCGGGACCUCAUCAAUGGCUUCUGUUCUCCCAGACAUGGUUCCAGCUAUACUAUUCAUUCCACUUGAGUUGUCAAUUGAGGCACCUUUUGGAUAAGGAAAGCUUGGGGAAGAUACCCUCUCCAGAAUCACGAUAAGUUCCUUGGUGAUCUUUGUGCACAGUUUUCUGUAGCUUUAACUUAUGUGGAUUCCACGAAAGGGACUGGUUGCAACAUUAUCCAAUUUAUUAUUUUGUUGCUAUGGUUUUAUUGCUUUAUGUCAAAGGGUAGGGGGUUCUGUAGUUUUGCCCGUCUCAACAAGUGUUUGUAUCAUUUGCCAUGGAAC